UUUAUCUGAUAUGUGCAAUGCCAGGUCCAGUGCAUAUGAAAGUAUAGCCCACUUUGGUAGCUUCUAAUUAACAUGUUAUACACUAUGUGACCUUUAGCAUUAUUGCCUUCAUGACUGUUAGUUGUAGAGCAUGGAGCAGUAUCAAAUUGAUCCCCUUCCGUGUCACAGGCGCAGGCUGGUAAAUAAUACCCUGUCUAAUUUUACUUCGUGAGUCUCGUGAAGAGACUAAUUGAGAGCCCGCUUCAACCAUGUGCAAUCAUUAUCGCUUCGUCGCCAUUUUGGAAGACAACUCUUUCACGCAAUCAAUAAUAUUGGGAAAUUUCGACGAUCGUUUCCGGGGAAAUUUGUGUUUUUUCGGCGGAUGUCAAUUGUCAUCUUACGUUUGCCUUCAUUUUGGAUCAUUUUGGACUUUGUCGGGCCUUUUUUCGAGUUUUCAACUACGUUUUCGUCAUGGCAUCGGCCACUCCGAUUCCCGCGGAUACAGCGGGCAAGGACAGGGACUCUCACACCGAACUCCAGGGAGCGGUAUCGCACCAUGGGUCCAAGCACCCCGCGACCACCACGCUCAACAAACCGCAGCAUGAACCAAAAGGUUCCGCGGGAGAUACGGGGAAAAAGAAAGUGACUUUGAGAUCGACCAAAAAGACAAAAGAGAAAUCACUGCCCGCUACUAUUAGUAGUCUAUCGAAGCUGGAAGAAAUGUUGUCGCGGGUGGUUGAGGCGCUCCCACAAACCCAAAGUCCAACCCCAACCCCACCGGUUCCACAGGCGGAUCGAUAUGAUUAUGCAAGCACAAGCCACCAUACUGGGUCCCCACCAUGCAUUUUGCCGGGGAUAGACGAAGACAUUACAUAUGUUUAUGGUGGAGAUGAGUCAGUGCUUGAGGAUGAAAUGGGGCAGCAGCAUGCUGACUCUGAAACAAUUAUUCCUGCGUUCGCAAUGAAAUUUGCAGUGCAAACAGACGUGGGUUCACCACUCGACGAUGAAGUAGCUAGUUCCACUUCUUACUUGUCAAAUACCAAACUUGAGGAUAAAGUUCUUGAAGAGACAACUGCUAAGUACUUACCACCGAGUAAUUGCCCCAUCCUCGAUGUACCAAAAGUUAACCCGGUAAUUUGGGAAAAGCUGUCGCCGUUCACACGAAGUCGUGACCUGAAACUGACAAGAGUCCAGAAGUUACUCACGAGGGGCUUAACCGCUUAUACACGCUCGCUUUCAUCUACACACCUCACGGAGACGCAGCAGGACGCCUUAGCGUUACUAUCCAAUGCCAAUUUUGAGAUGAACUCACUGCGUAAGGAACUAAUUAAACCUGACAUGAACCCGGCCUACUCUCACCUGUGCAAGGCACCGGUGACAAAAUUCCUCUUUGGGGAUGAUUUAGGAAAGAGAGUAAAAGACCUGAAAGAAGAACAGAAAGCGACAUUAGGUGUUGUGAAAUCUGCUGAUCAGAGUAAGGUUCGGGCUCGACCCGGCCAGACUACGUAUCACCCAUACAAGGCAACUGAUACUUACCGCUCACAGCAGUACAGAUCUGCGGGAUGGUCGUCAUCCUCAAACAGCCGACCUACUUCAGGGACGCCAUAUCGGCCUUUUUUAGGCAGGAGAGCGCCUUUCAGGGGGCGCACGCAGGCCCAAGCGCCGAGGCAGCCAGUGGCGUCGCAGGGUCGCUAUCGUCCGAACCUGCAGAAAAAGUAGCUGCUAACAUACCCCAAGAGGUA